ACGGACAGAGAAAGGGAAGAGGGUCGCCUAAACCCGACCACAGAAGGUCUGGAGAGCCAAGACUGCGCCUUCUGGGAGCCGCCGCUGAGGAGCGCUAGAAGUCAGCCGGUGCGAGCUCGGGCUCUGCCCGCAGGUAUCAAGGCCCUGGAAGGCAGAAACAUCGCUCCUCGGGGGACGGGCGCCGCCCCCACUCCCCCCACUCCACCCCACCCCGGUUCCCUAGAAGCCUGCGGGGAACGAGGGAGAACGCACUGCAGUCGCUGGGGGCUCGCGGGCGCUCAGGUCUUGGCCUGCCUUUCCCCCGCCCCAUAUUUUGGCCUUAUUUCCCCAACAGACCGGCCCCCCUCAGUUGUCAGGCUAAAUAUUUUGGCUUGGCCAGAGGGGCGGAGAGAACCGAGGUCCCUGCAAGCUAAUCCGUCUGAGUGGGGGCAGGGAGCGGGAGCUGGGCGCGGCCGCUGGCCCGAGGCACCCAGGCGAGCGAGGCCAGCGGGCGCUCUGAGGGUUAGGAGAGACGCUCUCCUAUGAAGCCCCUUGCACCGGACCCCUGCUUCUCUCUCGAGAGCCCUCCCUGGCCUCUGCUCUGAUUGGCCGGCCUCUUGGCUCACCUUUUGCUCUAACCUGGUGUCACUUUCUCCCUCUGGAGACUUCUCUGAGGCUCUCUCUGUCACUGUCUGCAUCUCUGUCCACAUCUGUCUGUCUCUGGAUUCACAGAGUCUGUCUCAGCCUGCCUAUCAUUGUCUUCGUGUCUCUGUUUCACUUCCUUUUUCUGUCUCCUGCUGUCUCUGUGUGGGAUUCCUUGUCUCUCUGCCCCUCCUCCCCUUCCUCUCUGAAGUCUGUCCCUUAGGGCCUUCCAGACCCUUUUUCAUCCCUGGAGCUACUUGGAAGACAAAACUGGAUCUGCCAAGGCUGAGACAAUGACAGUGCCCAGACUGUGGCCCCUGGGAGCACACCUGCUCACGAUCUUCCUCUCCUGGGGACCUGGUCUCAACACACUAGAAGUGUGCCCCAGCCUGGACAUCCGCUCGGAGGUGGCAGAACUGCGACGGCUGGAGAACUGCAGCGUGGUGGAGGGCCACCUGCAGAUCCUGCUCAUGUUCACGGCCACGGGGGAGGAUUUCCGUGGCCUCAGUUUCCCACGCCUCACCCAGAUCACUGACUACCUGCUGCUCUUCCGUGUCUAUGGCCUGGAGAGCCUUCGAGACCUCUUCCCCAAUCUAGCAGUCAUCCGAGGCACCCGCCUCUUCUUGGGCUAUGCACUGGUCAUCUUUGAGAUGCCGCACCUACGUGACGUGGGGCUGCCAGCACUGGGGGCUGUGCUGCGUGGUGCUGUGCGCGUGGAGAAAAACCAGGAGCUCUGCCACCUCUCCACCAUUGACUGGGGCCUGCUGCAGCCGGCACCUGGUGCCAACCACAUCGUGGGCAACAAGCUGGGUGAGGAGUGUGCCGACGUGUGCCCUGGUGUGCUGGGUGCCGCUGGUGAGCCAUGUGCCAGGACUACCUUCAGCGGGCACACUGACUACAGGUGCUGGACCUCAAGCCACUGCCAGAGAGUGUGCCCCUGCCCCAAAGGCGUGGCCUGCACAGUGGGGGGCCAGUGCUGCCAUGCUGAAUGCCUGGGAGGCUGCAGCCGACCAGAAGACCCUCGUACCUGUGUAGCCUGCCGCCACCUCUACUUUCAGGGUGCUUGUCACCAGGCCUGCCCUCCAGGCACCUACCAGCAAGAGUCCUGGCGCUGUGUUUCAGCAGAACACUGUGCCAGCCUGCGCUCUGUGCCUGGCCGUGCCUCCACCUUUGGCAUUCAUCAGGGCAGCUGCCUGGCCCAGUGUCCUCCAGGCUUCACUCGUAAUGGCAGCAGCAUAUUCUGCCACAAGUGCGAGGGGCGAUGCCCCAAGGAGUGCAAGACAGGCACCAAGACUGUUGACUCUGUCCAGGCGGCACAGGAUCUGGCUGGCUGCACCCACGUGGAAGGAAGCCUCAUCCUCAACCUCCGCCAGGGCUACAACCUGGAGCCUGAACUGCAGCACAGCCUGGGGCUGGUAGAGACCAUCACUGGGUUCCUCAAAAUCAAGCAUUCCUUUGCCCUGGUGUCCCUGGGCUUUUUCAAGAACCUCAAACUGAUCCGGGGGGACUCCAUGGUAGAUGGGAAUUACACGUUGUACGUGCUAGACAACCAGAACCUACAGCAGUUAGGGUCCUGGGUGGCUGCAGGACUCACCAUUCCCAUGGGCAAGAUCUACUUCGCCUUCAACCCCCGCCUCUGCUUGGAGCACAUCUACCAACUGGAAGAGGUGACAGGCACGCGAGGUCGGCAAAACAAGGCUGAGAUCAACCCCCGUACCAACGGAGACCGCGCCUCCUGCCAGACUCGAACGCUGCGCUUCAUGUCCAACGUGACAGAGGCCGAUCGCAUCCUGCUCCGUUGGGAGCGCUACGAGCCGCUGGAGGCCCGUGACCUGCUCAGCUUCAUCGUGUACUACAAGGAGUCCCCAUUCCAGAAUGCUACUGAGCAUGUGGGUCCAGAUGCCUGUGGAGCCCAGAGCUGGAACCUGCUGGAUGUGGAGCUACCCCUAAGCCGCACUCAGGAGCCAGGGGUGACCCUAGCCCCCCUCAAGCCCUGGACACAGUAUGCAGUGUUUGUACGGGCCAUCACUCUGACCACUGCUGAGGACAGCCCCCAUCAAGGAGCCCAGAGUCGCAUUGUCUACCUCCGAACCCUUCCUGCAGCGCCCACUGUGCCCCAAGACGUCAUCUCCACGUCCAACUCUUCCUCCCACCUCCUGGUGCGCUGGAAACCACCGACACAUCGCAACGGAAACACUACCUACUACCUGGUGCUGUGGCAGCGGCUGGCGGAGGACAGCGACCUCUACCUCAACGACUACUGCCACCGCGGCUUGCGUCUGCCCACCAGCAGCAAUGACCCCCGCUUCGACCGCGAAGACGGGGAUGCUGAAGCCGAGAUGGAGUCUGGUUGCUGCCCUUGCCAACACCCGACUCCGGGUCAGGUCCUGCCCCCGCUGGAGGCGCAAGAGGCCUCGUUUCAGAAGAAGUUUGAAAACUUCCUGCAUAAUGCCAUCACCAUACCCAAGUCCCCUUGGAAAGUGACGUCCGUCAACAAGAGCCUCCAGAGGGACACAGAGCGGCACCGCCGGGCCACCGAGUCCCUCCGGCUGGGGGGCAACAGCUCGGACUUCGAGAUCCAGGAGGACAAGGUGCCCCGGGAGCGAGCGGUGCUGGGCGGCCUGCGCCACUUCACGGAGUACCGAAUCGACAUUCACGCCUGCAACCACGCGGCGCACACCGUGGGCUGCAGCGCGGCCACCUUCGUCUUUGCGCGCACCAUGCCCCACAGAGAGGCCGAUGAUAUUCCAGGAAAAGUGGCCUGGGAGGCAGCAAGCAAGAGCAGUGUUCUCCUGCGCUGGCUGGAGCCACCAGACCCUAACGGACUCAUCCUGAAGUAUGAAAUCAAGUACCGCCGCUUGGGAGAGGAAGCCACAGUGCAGUGUGUGUCCCGUCUUCGAUAUGCCAAGUUUGGGGGGGUCCAUCUGGCCCUGCUGCCACCCGGAAACUAUUCUGCCAGGGUUCGCGCAACCUCACUGGCUGGCAAUGGCUCCUGGACAGACAGUGUUGCCUUCUACAUCCCUGGCCCAGAGGAAGAGGAUACUGGAGGGCUGCAGGUCCUUGUCACUGUCACCCCUGUGGGCCUGAUGCUGCUCAUUAUUCUUGCUGCCCUUGGUUUCUUCUACAACAAGAAGAGAAACAGUACCCUGUAUGCCUCUGUGAAUCCAGAGUACUUCCGCACCUCUCAUAUGUACAUCCCUGAUGAGUGGGAGGUGCCCCGAGAGCAGAUCUCCAUCAUCCGAGAACUGGGCCAGGGCUCUUUUGGGAUGGUAUAUGAAGGGCUGGCACAAGGACUUGAGGCUGGAGAGGAAUUCACACCUGUGGCCCUGAAGACAGUGAAUGAACUGGCCAGUCCACAAGAACGUAUUGAGUUCCUCAAGGAAGCUUCUGUCAUGAAGGCAUUCAAGUGUCACCAUGUGGUGCGUCUCCUGGGCGUGGUGUCCCAGGGCCAGCCAACUCUAGUCAUCAUGGAGUUAAUGACCCGUGGAGACCUCAAGAGCCAUCUUCGAUCUUUGCGGCCUGAAGCAGAGAAUAACCCUGGGCUCCCACAGCCAGCACUGAGGGAUAUGAUCCAGAUGGCUGGUGAGAUUGCAGAUGGCAUGGCCUACCUCGCUGCCAGCAAGUUUGUGCAUCGAGACCUGGCAGCCCGCAACUGCAUGGUGUCCCAGGACUUCACUGUCAAGAUUGGGGACUUCGGGAUGACCCGAGAUGUGUAUGAGACAGACUAUUACCGCAAGGGUGGAAAGGGGCUGCUGCCUGUGCGCUGGAUGGCCCCCGAGUCCCUCAAAGAUGGGAUCUUCACCACUCACUCAGAUGUCUGGUCUUUCGGUGUGGUACUCUGGGAGAUCGUGACCUUGGCUGAACAGCCCUACCAAGGCCUAUCCAAUGAGCAGGUGCUCAAAUUUGUCAUGGACGGUGGCAUUCUGGAGAAGCUGGAGGACUGUCCCCUUCAGCUGCAGGAGCUGAUGAAACGCUGCUGGCAGCAGAACCCACGCCUGCGCCCAACUUUCACCCACAUCCUGGACAGCAUACGGGAGGAGCUGCAGCCCUCCUUCCGCCUCCUUUCCUUCUAUUACAGCCCAGAGUGCAUAGGAGGCCAGGGCUCCCUGACACCCCCUGGUACAGAGCCUGACUCCUCACCAACCCCAACAGGGGUUUCCUCAGACUGCACCCUUCAAAAUGGGGGUCCUGGCCACUGAGGGGCACUCCAUUCCCAGCUGACUGGCCUCCCAUGGGCAGAGAGCAAGGGGCCCAACAUUUCUGACAGAUGUCUGGAUGUCUCCCCAGCUCCCACUCAGAUGGGCAGGGGCUGAGGGUGGGGCAGAGAUCAGGAGCAGAAAAGGCCAUUGGAGCAGUCUCACUGUAGGAAAGAGUUUCUCAGCAGUCUGAGUUCUCCAUGGGAAAGCAAGCAGGGUCACAGCAGGAGUGGAGAUCAAGCUAUAGACAAACAUCCUGCACUGAGAGUGAGGGGCCUGCUCAGAGUAGGAAGAGAGGACUUGGUCUGGAGGACCCCACUCUCAGCUUUAGGUCUCUCAUGGACAUCUGGGGCCAUCAAUACCUUGAAACCAGAUGAGCAAUCAGAACCAGGCCUGGAGCCCUCUCUGUCCAUGUUUGGGAUGCUUAGGUGGGUGUCCAUGACUGUUCUUCCCUUCACCUCCUCCCUCUGCCUCAGACCAGUUGUGUGGGUGAACUCAGAGCCCUGGGCAAGUGGUUCCCAGCUUCACCUCCCCUCACCUCUUCCUCUCCUCUUGCCCCACCCAGGGACCCCCACCCCAAGCUUGGUGCAUCUCCUUCCUUUUCCCCAGAGGCAUCCCUUGGUGCACAUUCACCUUCUUUUCAGUCCCACCCCUCAAUUAUUAGCCUUGGAUUAUUGCGGCUUUAUGAGCCUUGUCUUGCUCCCUCCCCUUACCGACCCCUCUCCCCUGCCCAUGGGAAGACUGGAGAAGGCACAAUAAAUGCUGAGGUCUGGUCCCAGGCAGCCCAUUAUCUGUCCUUCUAUAUGGUGCUAACACUGGAUGAACUU